GCUUUCUCUUCGUUUCUCGGACUCCAAACACUCCCUGCUUCAGUUCUCUAGUGUUAGAUUUAUGUUCUAGUGCUUUGCUUUUGCUGGGAAAGAUAAUGUGGAACCCUAGCUAAGGAUUUUGGUUAGGGUUUUUGUUUCGGGUUUUGAGAUCCGUUGAAAUAAGGUGGUAGUGUGGGAGAUGGGGAAUUGUUGCAGAUCUCCGGCCGCUGUUGCGAGGGAAGACGUGAAAUCGAGCUUCUCCGGACAUGAUCUUGGGAGGAAAGAUUCGGUAUCGAAGAAGGCUCCGAUCACUGUGCUGACUGGAGUUCCCAAGGAGAACAUUGAGGAGAAGUAUUUAGUGGAUCGCGAGCUAGGAAGAGGGGAGUUCGGGGUUACGUAUCUGUGUAUUGAUCGCUCCUCGCGUGAGUUGCUUGCUUGCAAGUCUAUUUCGAAGCGGAAGCUGAGAACUGCGGUGGAUAUUGACGAUGUGAGGCGAGAGGUGGCGAUAAUGCAGCACUUGCCAAAAAAUUCGAGUAUUGUGAGUUUGAAGGAGGCAUGUGAGGACGACAAUGCGGUGCAUUUGGUGAUGGAGUUGUGUGAGGGGGGUGAGCUGUUCGAUAGGAUCGUGGCGAGGGGGCAUUAUACCGAGAGAGCAGCAGCCACAGUAACGAGGACUAUAGUGGAGGUGGUUCAGCUGUGCCAUAAGCAUGGAGUGAUUCACAGGGAUUUGAAGCCGGAAAAUUUUUUGUUUGCGAACCAGAAGGAGAAUUCGCCAUUGAAGGCUAUUGAUUUUGGAUUGUCUAUAUUCUUCAAACCAGGUGAAAGAUUCUCUGAGAUUGUUGGAAGCCCAUAUUACAUGGCUCCUGAGGUGCUCAAACGAAGUUAUGGGCCAGAAAUUGAUAUAUGGAGUGCAGGAGUGAUUCUCUACAUUCUAUUAUGUGGGGUUCCUCCAUUUUGGGCGGAGUCUGAACAAGGGGUUGCACAGGCAAUUCUUCGUGGGUUAAUAGAUUUCAAACGUGAUCCAUGGCCAAGUAUUUCUGAGAGUGCUAAGAACCUAGUAAGGCAGAUGUUGGAGUCAGAUCCAAAGCUUCGACUCACUGCACAGCAAGUGCUUGAGCAUCCUUGGCUCCAAAACGCUAAAAAGGCCCCUAAUGUUCCUCUUGGGGAUGUUGUCAAGUCAAGGCUGAAACAGUUUUCAAUGAUGAACAGAUUCAAAAGAAAAGCAUUGAGGGUUAUUGCUGAAUUCUUGUCCAUUGAAGAAGUUGAAGACAUCAAAGAAAUGUUCAAGAAGAUGGACACUGAUAAUGAUGGUGUAGUUUCAAUUGAAGAGUUGAAAGCUGGUCUUAAAAAUUUUGGCUCCCAGCUUGUAGAGUCUGAAGCUCAGAUGCUUAUUGAAGCUGUAGAUGCUAAUGGGAAGGGAAAACUGGACUAUGGGGAAUUUGUUGCUGUUUCUCUUCAUCUGCAAAGAAUGGCCAAUGAUGAGCACCUUAGAAAGGCCUUUUCCUAUUUUGACAAAGACGGGAAUGGUUAUAUUGAACCAGAUGAGCUUCGGGAAGCUUUGAUGGAAGAUGGAGCAGAUGAUUGUACUGAUGUUGCAAAUGACAUCUUCCAAGAAGUGGACACAGACAAGGAUGGACGUAUUAGUUAUGAUGAAUUCGCUGCUAUGAUGAAAACUGGAACAGAUUGGAGAAAGGCUUCCCGGCAUUACUCGAGAGGGAGAUUCAACAGUCUAAGCAUAAAGCUGAGAAAGGAUGGUUCUCUUAACUUGGGAAAUGAGUAGUUCAUACAGAGGGUCUGUGUUUUGUUCUUUGACGCAAAGUACUGGAUCAUUCCUUGUACAUCUCAGACUUUGCUUUCUUUAGUGAUUACUUGUUUGGGGCCUCAGAUUCAAUGAGUUCCUUCGGCCUGUUGGUUUACAAGGAAACAGAGGGUUGGCCAAGUACAUCUUGUUUCUCUGCUAAUGUGACGUAUGGAAAACAUCCUCUGGCUAUGAUUUGGAAUAUAUGAUUCUCUUCUACGACUUCUGACCUCAGGCAAUUAUAUCUGGCCGAUAAUGCAGGAUUGAACUUGGUGCUUCGGUGUGCACUUGCUGAAAGAAAUAGUGUCUAAUUUCCGUGCUUUGGGCUCCAUGUUACUGUAUCUUUACAGACGGUCAGAUGUAUACAUGUAUGUUUGCAUGACAAGAUAUAUCAGGACUCUGACGGUGGUUGUGUU